AAACAACUCACUGGACAUCUCUCCACCAUGAAACUGCUUCUGAUCUGUGUGCUCCUCGGAGCCGCCGCUGCCUUUGAGGAUGAUGAUAAGAUCGUCGGAGGUUUCACCUGCACCAAGAACUCUGUUCCCUAUGCUGUGUCCCUGAACUCUGGAUACCACUUCUGUGGUGGCACCCUCAUCACCAGCCUGUGGGUGGUCUCUGCUGCUCACUGCUACAAGGCGAGCGUCCAGGUCAGACUGGGAGAGCAUAACAUCGCUACAAGUGAGGGUACCGAGCAGUUCAUCAACUCUGCCAAGGUCAUCAGACAUGGCAGCUACAACUCCAGAACCCUGGACAAUGACAUCUGGUUGAUCAAGCUGGCCUCCCCCGCCACCCUCAACUCCUACGUCAAGACUGCAUCUCUGCCCUCUGGCUGCGCAGCCGCCGGCACCAGCUGUCUGAUCUCCGGCUGGGGAAACACACUCAGCAGUGGCACCAACAUGCCAAACCUCCUCCAGUGCCUGAACGCCCCCAUCCUGACCGCCGCUCAGUGCAGCAAUGCCUACCCAGGAGAGAUCACCAAUAACAUGAUCUGUGUUGGUUACCUGGAAGGUGGCAAGGAUUCCUGCCAGGGUGACUCUGGUGGACCCGUGGUCUGUAACGGACAGCUCCAGGGUGUUGUCUCCUGGGGAUAUGGCUGUGCCCAGAGGAACUAUCCCGGUGUCUACACCAAGGUCUGCAACUACAACUCCUGGAUCUCCAGCACCAUGGCAUCCAACUAAACUCCUGGAUCUCCAGCACCAUGGCCAGCAACUAAACUCCUGGAUCACCAGCACCGUGGCCAGCAACUAAACAUCUAUAUACUGUAUUAUAUAUAUACAGAUCAUUUCAUCUCAUGUUUAUCAUCAAGUCUUUCACUUGAAAUAUACCUUUGUAAUGUAUGUUCUGAAUAAACAUAUUUC